AUGUCGAAAGCAAUCGUGAAGACCACCUUCGAGGCAUCGAAGACCCUCCAACCCAUCUACACUGGUGGAAGCACCGCGCUUGAUGCCAGUGGCCGCAUCUUGCUCAGUUGCGUCGGUGAAGAUGCGAACAUCGUUGACCUUGAAACUGGCGACCAGCUCGCCAGUUUGGAAGGAGAUGGAGAGAUCAUUACCAGUCUAGCCAUCACACCCUCUGCGUCGCAUGCGAUCGUUUGCUCGCGUUCAAUGACUAUGCGCAUCUAUUCGCUUUCUCCCUUCGAUUUUGACGAGAAAAAGACCCAGGUCAUCGAGGCAAAACUCGCCCGCACCCUCAAACCCCACACUUCGCCUGUCGUAACAACCACAAUUGACCGCACCGGCACUUUGCUAGCAACUGGUGCUGCGGAUGGAUCCAUAAAGGUCCAUGAUAUCAAGGGUGGAUAUGUCACGCAUACUUUUAACGACCGUGGCGUAAUUUCGGCACUGUGCUUCUUCGAGGUUGAGGUCUCCGAUAGCAAUGUCAAGUCCUCCAAGAAGUCCAAGAAGGUGGCAUCUGGUGACGACGAAGAUAUGGAAGAUGCCGACUCAGCAGUUGGUUUCCGGCUGGCUUCCGGUAGUGAGGAGGGCCGCGUCCGCGUCUUUGACCUUCAUAAGAAGAAGGCUGUUGCCUCGCUCGACUCUCACGUUUCUCUGGUGAGAAGCUUAUCUUUUUCUGCAACCGAAAACGCCUUGCUCUCGGCUUCCCGUGACAAGACGGUUAUCAUCCACGAUGCUCGCACUUACAAGCAACGCCGAAUCAUUCCCGUACUGGAGUCCGUCGAGGCCGCUGCUUUCAUUGCAGACAGUGGAGUGUGUGUGGUGGGUGGUGAGAAUGGCAAGUUGAGGGCUUUUGAUGUCAACCGCGGCAGUGAAAUCACAGAGGAGCAAGAGGCAGGCGAGGAUUUUGAGUCCGUCAUUGCCAUUCAGUACUCUCCGGGCAUGUCUUUUGCCAUGACUGUGCAUGCAGACCAGACAAUUCGUCUCCAUUCCCUUGAGUCUUUGACAAGCUACAAACCAGGAUCAACCCUAGAGCCAUUGACCAUCAUUCGACGUAUCUCCGGCAAUGAUGACGAAAUCAUUGAUUGUGCUUUUGUUGGCCCCGAUCGAUCAAUGCUUGCGCUGGCUACCAAUACCGAGAGUAUUCGCAUUGUCUCUGUGGCACCUUCUGCAGACCGACCUUCGGCCGACGGUGAUGCCUUCUUCGGUGCUGAUGUCGCUUAUCUGGAUGGGCAUGAGGAUAUCAUCAUUGCUAUGGACGUGGAUUGGUCCGGGCACUGGCUUGUGACUGCUGGCAAGGACAACACUGCCCGGCUCUUCCGUCUCGAUCCUAAGAACUCGUCCUAUACCUGCUUUGCGAUCCUCACGGGUCACGCUGAAUCCCUAGGCGCCAUUGCAUUCCCGCGUGCUCCCCCGCCAGUUGAGAGCGCCGCAUACAAUGACCCGGUCAACCACCCACCAGCUUUCCUCGUCACCGGCUCACAAGAUAAAACAAUCAAGAGAUGGGACCUCGGAAAAUUAACUCCUCUCAAGGAUGACACACCUCACAGCCCCAAGGCAAUUUACACGAGAAAGGCCCACGAGAAAGAUAUUAAUUGCAUUGAUAUCGACUCUACGUCUACUCUCUUCGCCUCGGCCUCCCAAGAUCGUACUGUCAAGAUCUUCGAUGCAGAUGAAGGAUCAGCAAUCGGCAUCCUGCGUGGACACAAGCGUGGCGUUUGGGGGGUGCGUUUCUGCCCAAAGAACACCCCGGUCAUCAACACCGAUGCAGGCACCAGCACAAAUAAGGGUAUCAUCGCUACUGGAAGCGGUGAUAAGACAGUCAAAAUCUGGAACUUGGCCGAUUACAGCUGCCUGUUGACCUUGGAGUCUCACUCAAACUCCGUAUUGAAAGUUAUUUGGCUUCCUCCUCCACAAGUCUCCAAGUCACAGGUUGAAGACGAGGACGAGGACGAAGAAGCUUCUGCCCAGAAGGAAAAUGUCCAAACACGACCCCUGGUAGCAUCAGCCGGCGCCGAUGGACUUGUGAAGAUCUGGGACGUGUGGACUGAGGAGGUGCAAUGCACCUUGGAUAAUCACACAGACAGAGUCUGGGCACUUGCCACUCCAUACCCCUCAGGCUCUCGCGUCAACGCCAAACCCACUUCCUCCAAAAUUAACUCGACCCCCUACGCUCUUGUUUCUGGCUCCGCAGAUGCUACAGUCACCUGCUGGACCGACACCACCUCUGCCACCUACACCGCUGCCGUGAAUGCCAAUUCCGAGCGCAUUGAGCAGGACCAACAACUGCAGAACUACAUUCGCGCUGGAGCGUACCGUGAGGCCAUUACCCUGGCUCUGCAGCUGAACCACCCUGGCCGCUUGUUGUCUCUAUUCACUUCUGCCAUUGAUGCAGCUGACAACCCAACCCUUUCAGAUGAGGAGCGGGAGCGUUCUACUGGUAGCUUGACCGGUAACUCGUCCAUCGACGAGGUGUUGCAGACUUUGGAUUCAACAAAUCUGCGGACCCUGUUGCUCCGUCUUCGUGACUGGAACACUAAUGCCCGUACAUCCCGGGUUGCGCAGCGUAUCCUCUUCGCUCUGUUUCGCUCAUACCCUGCCUCCACUUUCGUGGAGCUCGCUACGCAAUCCGUGCGUGGAAAGAAUGGCGGUAUUGCUGCGGGUAUGAAGGAUAUCCUCCAGGCUUUGGCGCUCUACACGGAGAGGCACUACAAGCGUAUCGAGGAGCUGACAGACGACAGCUACCUUGUUGAGUGGGUUCUUGGCGAGAUGGACGGUGGCGUUGGUCUUGGUGGAAUGAUGAGUCUGGAUGAGGGAGAAGCUGAGCAUGAGAAGGACAUUAUCAUGUUGGAGGCUUAA